AUGGACGCCCACGAGGACGACAGCGACAUCAAACUUCAGAGGAUCUCAACAGAUCUUAUUGCGGACUUUUCUCGAUCUCUCCCCCUCUUCCUACGCAAAUCGGACGGCCAUACUCUCCGCAGCCGCGUACGGACCUCAGAAACAGCCCGUCUGGCAUCAAGCUUACUCGACCCCUUCCAAGAGCUUCCUCAACUGCUGGAUCCUCAUCUUCCCACAUGGCUUCCGCUUUUAGCGACAACCUACCUCGCCCACCUCAACAUCCGGAACCGUAACCGUCCCAAACAACACUCGACUCGCUCCCAACUGCUCGAGCCCCUGAAUGUCGCCAUUGCUAAGCUGCUCUACACCUUCACCAAGAUCCGUGGCGAGAAGGUCGUCGUGCGCUUCCUCAACGUCGAGACCCGCUACAUCGAGCCUCUCCUCUCGGCACUCGAGUCUGCGGAGCGCUCCAGGUCGCCUCAGGCCUCCCGUCCCUCGCUCAGCCCUUUAUCGCCCCAGUCCAACACUCAGCAAUGGUCCUGGGAAGAGCGCUAUUUAGUUCUUCUAUGGCUUUCCCAUCUUCUUCUCGCCCCCUUCGACCUGUCCACUAUCUCCUCCGCCGCGGCAGACGAACAACUCACCCUCCCUUCCAUCCCAAACUUCACUUGGCCAUCUGACCUGCCGGGAAUCACAGUCCGCAUCCUCCCAGUGGCAAUCAAGUAUCUCGCCUCCCCUGGCAAAGAACGCGAUGGUGCCCGCGCCCUUCUCGUUCGCAUAGCCAUGCGCCGCGACAUGCAGUCCCAAGGCGUAUUGACCGCCCUCGUCAACUGGGCCCUCGCCUCCCUCAACCCAUCCCCGGAUACCCCGCCGCAGCCGCCGUACUUUUACAUUGGCGUGCUCUCCUUCCUGGCCGGCGUUCUGAGAUCGUCCAUAAACACGUCAGACAUGGACGCCCAUCUCUCAUCCAUCUUCCGCGCCGCUCACUCAGUCGCCUCCUCCGAGGUCGAAGAGACACCCGUCUCCGCAGCAAUCCGCUCUGUUGCGGUGGCUCGUAAAAUGCUGAUCAAGGUCAUCCGCUCCGUCACCGUCCUCCUCCUCCGAAAGUCGCCGCCGGACCCAGACAGUACGGAGCUCAUCGAGACUUCCAUUGGCUACUUCCUGGAAUGCCUCGCCGACAACGACACACCCGUUCGGUUGGCGGCUUCCAAAGCGCUCAGCAUCGUCACUCUCAGACUCGAUCCAGAGAUGGCUUCCCAGGUAGUCGACGCCGUCCUCGACUCGUUGAACCGCAACGUCCUCUGGACCAAGGAGCCAGGAAACUCCAACGGGCUCAAGACCCGCGACCUUGCAGCCGUAGACCCCUUGGAAUGGCACGGUCUGAUACUGACCCUCUCGCAUCUGCUAUACCGCCGCUCCCCACCCGCAAGCCAGCUCCCAGACAUCGUUCACGGCCUGCUCCUUGGCCUCUCCUUUGAGAAGCGCAGCACAUCAGGCGGCUCCGUGGGGACCAACGUCCGCGAUGCAGCAUGCUUCGGCAUCUGGGCCCUGGCCCGACGGUACACCACCGCGGAACUCCUAGAAGUCCCCACAGCAGCCGUCGUCGCUGCCAGGCCUCACAGCCGGGACGCCUCCAUCCUACAAGUCCUCGCCACGGAGUUGGUCGUCACUGCCUCGCUCGACUCGGCAGGCAACAUCCGCCGCGGUGCUUCGGCUGCGCUACAGGAACUCAUCGGGCGACACCCCGACACGGUGGAGAAGGGCAUCUGGGUUGUGCAGACGGUCGACUACCACGCCGUCGCCCUACGGUCGCGCGCCAUUCAUGAAGUGGCCCUGAACGCAACGAGGCUCUCGCCCCAAUACGGCGCGGCCCUCUUGGACGGUCUCCUCGGCUGGCGAGGAAUAGGCGACGCAGACGCCGCCUCGCGUCGUGUCGCCGGCGCUUCGUUUGGCACUCUCACGCUGGAACUCUCCCAGAAGGACUCGCCCGAUGCCGCGGCUCAGUUCACGGCUUCGAUCGAUAGGAUCCUCGCCCGUCUUCGCGCUCUUCAGGCCAGACAAGUCGACGAGCGCCACGGACUCCUACUCUGUCUCGCGUCCGUACUGGACAAGUUCCCUGAUCUACUAACUACCAAGCCGGAUGGCAUCGUCACGGAUCUCACACAGCGCAUCAUUCAAAAUCUAGAGACAAUCUUGGGAGACUUUCAGAAAACAACCUACCGUCGACCAGAACUAGUUGCCGAAGCAUCCAGCCGCCUCAUCACCUCCUCACUCCCCAUCCUGCAGGCGGCUACGCUCUCCUCGAACGCACAGUUGCCUCUCCAACCAGGCUACACAGUCGUCUCAACCGCAAACACCCAAUCACUCCUCAACGUAAUGGCAACGAUCGACGCUCUCCCUUCGAUCCCCUCAUCCAUAACCAGUCUCGUCUCGACCUUUGGCCCCGUCAUCGCCGCAGGCCUCUCCCGGCCCGAGAAGGAAGCCUUCUCCGCGUCCUCCGAAGCAGCCCUCAUCCACCUCCUCUUCUCCCCGCCCGACUCCCGCAGGACCAUGAUCCAGGAAUGGGCCUCCACAGUGCGUCACCGCCCGACCUCCCGCACUGCAAACGACACGGGCGUGCUCUCCGCCCUCACAAUGGCGUACCCCAUCACCAGCACGUUCCGCAGCCAAGAAGCAGACGUCGUCUGCGACACGGUCCUCGCGCGGUGGGCGGGCGACAACGACAUCGACACGCGCGUCGCGAUCCUCCAGAGCUUGUCGCAGAGCGUCCUGCUCCGCGACCGCGCCCCGGUCCUCCUGGACCUCCUGGCCGAGGGUCUCAACGACUACACGACAAACGCCCGCGGCGAUGUCGGCUCCCACGUCCGGCUCGAGGCCCUCCGCGCCACAAAGUCCCUCUGGAAGCUUGCCUUUGCACCAGAAACCACCGAGGUCGAAUGGCUGCCGGAAGCGGUAUCCAAACUCUUCCUCCGCAUCCUCCGUCUCGCGGCCGAGAAGCUGGACCGCGUCCGCACCGAAGCCCAUGCUGUCCUCGCCCUAACCCUCGACCCGUCCUUCGCCCCGACCUUCACGCAGCAGACCUUCUCCUCACGGGAGUACUUCCAUACCCUCUUGACCCUGCGCACAUCCUCCUCCUCCAACCUUCUCCACCCCAAACUCGCCCGCCCCGACGAGGAGGCCUGGAUGUCGGAGCUCCUCUCCGGCUACGUCACCUCCGCCGACACAGGCAACGAAGACCUCGUCAUCGCCUCCCGCGCCGCCCUCGCCUCCUUCUGCGCCGUCUCGCCCGCCGCGCUGUCGUCCGUCUGCGGCGCCCUCGUCGCGAACCUCAAGGCGCGCCAGGGCCUCGCGGCCACGGACCGCAUCGUCGUCCCGACGCUCGAGAUCGUCGCGUUCCUAUGCCACGUUGGCCUCUUCCAGAAGUGCGUCGGGGUGCUGGUCGGCCUGCGCUCGCUGUGCCUGCUGGUCCAGCGCGCGGGCUACAAGACCGGCAACGUGCGCAAGCUCGAGGCGUGCAUCAAGGUGUACGGGUGCGUGGCCGGGUUCGACGACACGGCCGCGGAUCCGGAGGCUGCGGAGGGUGUCAGGGACGGGGUCGCGGAGGCCAGGAAGAGGCUUGGGGCACUCAUGUUCCACCCCUGGCCCAGGGUACGCAGCCAGGUUGUCGACGAGCUGUGGAAGCUGUUUGGAGAGGAGGGGGAUGGUGGCGGUCGGGCGGAGGAGUUGAAGAGCGUGGACUGGAGCAAGGCCGAAAAGGGGUCCAUCAAGCGCGUUGUCGAGCGGCUUGGCUUGGCCCAGGCCGCAUAG